ACUAUUUCACAAAUAUUUUCACCUCCAAAAAACGCCGUAGUCAAAUCUUCAUCCAAUGCAUCUCUCUCUUUCCACUAUGGCUCAGCCCCUCUGCAAUCUCCAACCUCCAUUUCUCUCUUCCCUCCACCCCAAACACCACCACAAGCUUCUCCAUUUCACCUCCACCGCCAGAACCAACCACCGCCGAGUCUCUCUCUCCUUUCAUUUCUCUAAUCCCCGACGCCCUCGAUUCUCGCCGCUGAAAUCGGCCUCCGUCAACGGCUAUGCGUCGGAGGAGUAUGCAAAGAAAGACCACGGCGCCGAAGAAACCGAGGUCGAGUUGUUCGAGCGGCUCCGGCGGCUGUUCGGUUUUCUCCGGUCGAUUCUCCCCGGCGGUGCUUGGUGGAGCUUCUCCGAUGACGCCGACGUUAGAAUCUUCGCGGAGCCGGUGACUGUGACGCGCGCUCUUACUCGGAUGUGGGGCCUGGUUUCUCAGGACCGUUGGGUUAUCUUCGCCGCUUUUUCCGCCCUGAUCGUCGCCGCGCUAUCGGAGAUAUCGAUACCGCAUUACUUGACGGCGUCAAUAUUCUCGGCGCAGAGCGGCGAAGUGGCCGUGUUCCGGCACAAUGUGAAGCUGCUGGUGACUCUCUGUGUUGUUUCUGGAAUUUGCAGUGGUUUGCGAGGAUGCUGUUUUGGCAUUGCGAAUAUGAUUCUUGUCAAGCGCAUGAGGGAAACACUAUACUCUUCACUUCUUGUUCAGGAUAUUUUCUUUUUUGACACUGAAACAGUUGGUGAUUUGACAAGUAGGCUUGGGGCAGAUUGUCAGCAAGUAUCAAGAGUUAUUGGAAAUGAUCUGAAUUUCAUAAUGCGGAAUGUUCUUCAGGGAGUAGGUGCAAUGAUCUACUUGUUAGUUUUAUCACGUCCCCUUGGUUUAUCUGUAUUGGUGAUAUGUUCUACUCUAGCAGCAAUUAUGCUGGUUUAUGGCCGGUACCAGAAGAAGGCAGCAAAACUAACUCAGGAGUUUACUGCUUCUGCCAAUGAGGUUGCACAAGAGACAUUCUCUUUGGUGAGAACUGUCCGUGUUUAUGGAACAGAAAAACAAGAACUUGGAAGGUACAAACUGUGGUUAGAUAAAUUAGCUGAUAUAAGCAUACGACAAAGUGCUGCAUAUGGUUUUUGGAACUUGAGCUUCAAUGCUCUUUACCACUCAACCCAGGUCAUUGCCGUGCUGCUUGGAGGGAUGUCUAUUCUAUCUGGUCAUAUUACAGCGGAGAAACUAACGAAGUUUAUAUUGUAUAGUGAGUGGUUAAUUUAUGCAACAUGGUGGGUGGGUGACAAUUUAUCCAAUCUGAUGCAAUCUGUUGGGGCAAGUGAAAAAGUCUUCCAAUUAAUGGAUCUCAUGCCCAGUGACCAAUUUAUAUCAAAAGGAUCAAAGUUGCAAAAUCUGGUUGGAAAUGUUGAGUUUGUAAACACUUCUUUCUAUUAUCCAUCAAGGCCAACGGUACCUGUACUGCAAAAUAUCAGCUUGUCCGUGAAACCUAAUGAAGUGGUUGCUAUUGUUGGCCUUAGUGGUAGUGGAAAGAGCACACUCGUGAAUCUUUUGCUCCGUCUCUAUGAGCCAACAAAUGGUCAGAUUUUGAUUGAUGGCUGUCCUCUACAAGAGUUGGACAUCAUGUGGUGGAGGGAAAGAAUUGGAUUUGUUGGACAGGAACCCAAACUGUUCCACACAGACAUUAGUUCAAACAUUAGAUAUGGAUGCAACAGAAAUAUAGGGCAGGAGGAUGUUGAAUGGGCUGCCAAGCAGGCAUAUGCACAUGAUUUCAUUUCAUCACUCCCCAAUGGUUAUCAAACAAUUGUUGAUGAUGAUUUACUCAGUGGGGGGCAAAAGCAAAGAAUUGCCAUUGCUAGGGCCAUUCUUAGGGAUCCAACCAUCUUGAUCCUUGAUGAAGCAACUAGUGCGCUGGAUGCAGAGAGUGAACACAAUAUCAGGGGUGUUCUUCGUUCUGUCAGAAGAGACAAGACAACUAGAAGAAGUGUCAUAAUAAUUGCGCACAGGCUUUCUACCAUACAAGCUGCUGACAGGAUAGUGGUCAUGGAUAGUGGUAGAAUUGUUGAGACUGGCAGUCACAGUGAGCUGCUCGUUAAGGACGGCCUCUAUGCCCGACUAACUAGAAGACAAGCUGAUGCAGUGUCAUGAUCUUUCACUUUUGGUUUCUCAAUUUCUGAUGAAUGCGGUAUGGACUCUGGAGGUCCAAGCAACUUUCUUACAACCAACACAUAAUUCGAAAAGUAAAAACUCACAGCAGGUACAACUGCGAAGGAAGUUCUACAACAGCGUUGAAGGUGUUAUAUUGAUGCCAAUCAUGCCUUCUCCAUCUCCAUCUACAUACUAAUGUCAUGCUGCUUUGGACAGAAUCUGCGGCAUCGUUCUCCC